AUGGAGGCUCUGUACCGCGUCCCGUUCCUGGUGCUCGAGUGCCCCAACCUGAAGCUCAAGAAGCCGCCGUGGCUGCACAUGCCGUCGGCCAUGACGGUGUACGCGCUGGUGGUGGUGUCGUACUUCCUCAUCACCGGGGGAAUAAUAUACGAUGUCAUUGUUGAACCCCCAAGCGUUGGCUCUAUGACGGAUGAGCAUGGACAUCAGAGACCAGUAGCUUUCUUGGCCUACAGAGUCAAUGGACAGUAUAUCAUGGAAGGACUUGCAUCCAGCUUCCUGUUUACCAUGGGAGGUUUAGGGUUCAUAAUCCUGGACCGAUCCAAUGCACCAAACAUUCCCAAGCUCAAUAGGUUCCUGCUUCUGUUUAUUGGGUUUGUCUGCGUCCUGUUAAGUUUCUUCAUGGCGAGAGUCUUCAUGAGAAUGAAACUGCCGGGCUACUUGAUGGGUUAGCGUGCCUGUGAGAAGAAAUCAGUGGAUAUUGGAUUUGCUCCUGUGAAUGAAGUUUUUAAAAUGCUGUACCAACCUCCUAAUACAAAGCGUGGAGAAGGAUUUAAAAAAAUAAAAGCAUCUAGUGAGAACAGAUGAGGUGUGUCCAACUUGGACCAGCAUUGGUGGGACAAGCUUAUCACAGCAUUUUCUGCUGGACUCACAAACCCACCUGUUAAAUGUAUUUUCUUCUUCAUUUUGCCUUCUUUAAAGAAAAAUUACACUUUAUGUGAUGCAACGAUACUAUCGAAUACAGUGAUGAUUAUUUUUUAAUCUUCAUGUUUUUAACUUUUUUGGAAGAUGACAUUUCUGAGUUGGGAAAAUGGAUUCAAGCAAACAAGAAGUGAGAGCCCAUAGCAGAGAAAGCUGGGCUGCCGAUCAGCUUUGACCAUGGUGCUUUGCCUUUCAACAGUACGUGGACAGCAUAUUACUGAGAUGAGAGUGAAACUUUCUGAAUAAGAUUCCUGAAAGGAGCAGAAAUAAAUGAUUUUUUU